AUGAAGAGUUUCUGUGUGAUGUGAUAAAAGGGAUUUGGUUUACCAUGGACAUUUUUCUUUCUUUCUUCCUCUCUCUCUCUCUCUGAUUGAGGAUCAUACCCAAAUAUGGCUAUUCAACGUGGUCCACACUAUUCGGUUGGGCGUAUACAUUAAAUUACAGAAUAUGUAGUACUAAUGCUUUUUUUUUCAUUGUAUACCAUACAUUCUUCUUGGUAAGGAUCAUGUCAUGCAUGAUAUGUUGUAUAAGAUGCAUACCAUGCUGUGGCAAAAAGAAUACACGUUAGAGUGGAUGCAUAAAUUAUACCUUUAAGCUUAGUAUAUGCUACUCGUUAUUGGGCUGCUUAUUCAUGCAUACAUACUGACGGAAAACAGCUAUUGCAAAAUAGACCCAUACAACUAUUCAUUAUCAUCCCUUCCUCUCUUCUUUUCUUUUCUUCCUGAUGGCGUCCAUUUAACCCCCCAACCCUUCCUUCUUUUGACCCAAAAUAACCUACGCCUCCCCUUUCUUUCCGUCCCCUCUUUUCCAACAUGGGGCGCUUCAAAAGUUGGAAAGGUGCAGCUUAUUGUAUGCAUCUACAACAUACAGUACUACCAACAGUUUCUCUCCAAGUCAAUUUGCAUUAUUUUCGGAUCAAGCAUACAUACACACCGUAGAAUUUCUGUAAUCUGACAGUCAUACAAUUUUCUUUUGAUCACCUUUCAUGCAUUAAUAUAUGCUUUGUUUGGUCAUGUGCUAUUACAUAUAUGUCUGCAUCGUAUUACUGUUGUCGUGGGGUGUUGCCUGUCGACAACCACUGUCAGGUACCUUUCAGGUACACAGCACUUCUUCUUUUUUUGUUGAUAAAAGUGCUAAUGAUUGUCUCAGCAAUUGGGGGCUAUUUCACUCAUGUAUAUAGUAUCAUUUGUACAUUAUUGCAGAUCUGAG